AUGAGAAGGGUGAUUUUCUUGCUUUUUGUCAUGUGGAUGGUUGUCUUGCCAAUCGUAGUCAAGGGUAAAUCAGGACAUAGAACAGACCCAUCUUCAAGGCCUAGUGUUGUGAAUGUUGGGGCAUUAUUCACAGUGAAUUCAGUUAUUGGGCGUACUGCAAAGCCUGCUAUCGCAGCUGCCAUUGAUGAUGUUAACUCUAGUCCAACUACACUUCCAGGAACUCGAUUGAACCUUAUUUCAUAUGAUACUAAUUGCAGUGCCUUUCUUGGUACCAUUGAAGCUUUGCAGUUGAUGGAGAAUGAUCUGGUGGCUGUGAUAGGGCCACAAUCCUCUGUUAUAGCACACUCAAUUGCCCAUGUUGCAAAUGAACUUCAAGUACCACUCCUUUCAUUUGGUGCAACAGACCCGACACUUUCAGCUCUUCAAUACCCUUACUUUGUCCGCACCACACAAAAUGACUAUUACCAAAUGUCUGCCAUAGCUGACUUGGUUGCAUAUUUUGAUUGGAAAGAAGUCAUCACUGUAUUUGUUGACGACGAUUAUGGCAGAAAUGGGAUUUUGGUCUUGGGUGAAGCCCUUUCCAUGAAAGGGGCAAAGAUUUUUUACAAAGCAUCCAUCACUCCAGGUGCAUCUCAAACUGAAAUUACUGCAGUACUUACUAGAAUCAACUUGAUGGAGUGUCGGGUUUAUGUGGUUCAUGUAAAUCCUGACUCGGGUCUUGAAAUUUUUAAUGUGGCAAAGAAGCUUGAUAUGAUGGGAACUGGUUAUGUUUGGGUUACAACAGACUGGCUACUGGCGGUUUUGGAUUCAUUGGAAGUCCCAGAUGCUACAACGAUGGAUAACGUACAAGGGGUUAUCUCGUUGCGACAACAUUCAGCAAAUUCUGAUAUCAAGAAAUCUUUUACAACCAGAUGGAAGAGUAUUAAAGAUAAACAGACAUCAAGCUUUAACUCAUAUGCACUUCAUGCUUAUGAUUCUGUAUGGCUACUAGCACAUGCUCUAGAUAAAUUUUUUAAAUCUGGAGCAAGUAUCACAUUUUCUAACAUUUUUAAACUCGAUAAUAGUAGUGCAAGUAAGAUCCAGCUUUCAGCCCUUAAGAAUUUUAAUGAAGGAGGUCAGCUUCUGAAAACAGUUCUAGCCACAACAUUCAUGGGUUUGACAGGCGAGGUGAAGUUUGAUAAUCAAAGAAACUUGAUACAUCCGGCUUAUGAUGUGGUGAACAUAGGUGGAACCGGUUUAAGGACUAUUGGGUAUUGGUCAAGCUAUUCAGGUGUUUCAGUUGCUGUACCUGAAUCAUUAUACGCAAAGAGUUUGAAUAAGUCUAGUGGUGAUCAAAGUCUUUAUAGUGUAAUUUGGCCUGGUGGAAUGAGUAACAAGCCUCGGGGGUGGGUCUUUCCUAACAAUCAAAAGCCUUUGAGAGUUGGCGUUCCGUAUGGCUAUUACAAGGAUCUUGUGACAAAAGACAAGUCUCCUCAAGGAGUAAGAGGAUACUGCAUUGAUAUCUUUGAAGCUGCGAUUAAUUUACUUCAUUACCCCGUCGCUCCAGAAUACAUUUUAUAUGGCGAUGGUCAAACAAGCCCGAGCUAUAACAAUCUUGUCAGAGCUGUGGCUGAAAAUAAGUUUGAUGCUGCAGUAGGAGAUAUUAUGAUCACUGCAGAACGAAAGAAGAUAGUUGACUUUACACGGCCUUAUUUGGAAUCUGGACUUGUCAUAAUUGCUCCGGUCAACAAAUCAAAACCUAAUCCAUGGGCCUUUUUCAGGCCAUUCACCAUUCAAAUGUGGCUAGUCUCUGGUGUUUUCUUUCUUUUGAUUGGAGUCAUUGUUUGGGUGCUCGAGCAUCGCAAAAACGAUGAAUUUCGUGGACCACCGAGGCAACAAGUCGUCACAUUUUUGUGGUUUAGCUUCUCAACAUUGUUUUUCUCACACCGAGAGACAACUGUGAGCACGCUGGGUCGAUUCAUAAUGAUCUUAUGGCUAUUUGUAGUGUUUAUCAUAAAUUCAAGCUACACAGCUAGCUUGACAUCAAUACUCACCGUACAAAAACUGAGUGCGAGCAUUGAAGGGAUAGAUAGCUUGAUCUCAAGCAAUGAACUUAUCGGAGUUCCAGAUGGAACUUUUGCUUAUAACUAUUUGACUCAAGAACUCAAUAUCGACGAAUCUAGGAUCAAAAUAUUGAAAGAAGAGGCAGAGUACUUAAAUGUGCUUCGUUUAGGUCCAGAAGGCGGUGGUGUGGCUGCUAUUGUUGAUGAACUUCCUUACGUUGACCUCUUCAUGCGUUAUACUAAUUGCGAGUUCAGAAUUGUGGGUCAAGAGCUCACUAAAGGCGGUUGGGGUUUUGUAAGUUUGGUGUUUCAAAAGGAUUCUCCUCUAGUAGCCGAUCUGUCCACAGCGAUCCUCCAACUCUCAGAAAAUGGAGACAUACAACGAAUCCACGACAAAUGGCUCUCUUCGACUGUAUGCUCAACUCAAAAUAAUGAAGUCGAGGGAAAAGACCUGUCUCUAGAUAACUUCCGGGGCUUAUUUCUCAUCUGUGGUGUUGCAUGCUUGAUUUCUAUCAUCAUUUUCUUUAGUAAGAGAGUAUAUGAAUAUCGUCGGUACAGUUCUGAUGAAGAAAAGGCCCGUGCAAUUAUUGAACAGGACUUGAGGACACCUGAUCACAGUAGACGGUCCUUUUGUGGUAUCGACUUCAAGAAAUUGAUUGAAUUUUUCGAUCGGAGAGAGGAAGAGAUCACGCAUUCUCUUCCACGGAAGAAGAGUCGAGUCACCACGGACUCUGAAGCAUAGCGGAGUUGGAAAGAUUACUACAAAAAAGAGGUGAAAUGUUUUACAAAUUAAUUAUAUUUGUAGAAAAAAAGUUGUACGUACGUGGUGAUAAAUGGCACUCGAUCUAUGUUAGAAAUACUUAAAUUUCAUAAUCAAGUUUAUGGAUGAAACAAACUGGCAUUUGGAUUUUGAUUACCCAA